CGUUGGUAAACUUAGUCUAUCAUGAGUCGUGUGAAUGAAGUCAUGGAUUCUACAAGCAAUCGUGUAACUGGAUGUUUAAAAGGUAUAGGGUUACUGAUAACAGUUGUCAUUAUGAUACUUCCAGCCGUUGUAGGUUCUCUUAAUAAAAGACUUGUUCCAGAUUUUCCAGAUGAAAACGAAGUUUAUCAAUGGGCAAUGAAGCUAGACAGGAGUUUUGCUGAGUUAUUUGACAGAAUAACUGGCAUUGAAAUGUUAAAUAAGAAUUAUAUGAAACUAAGCUCCAAGAAGAAACUGAUUCCAUUAGAUGGUACAACAUUGGUUGAGAACAUGUCAAGAGCUUUAGCAGAUGCUCUGAAGAAGAAGAUGGAUGCUUUACAGAGACUGGUUGAUCAGGCUGAAGAUGCAGUGCAGAAUUACACAUAUGAUCCUGAAAUAGAGAGAGAUGAUGUGCAUUGGGUUAGUAUGAAAAGCUUCAUGGAAAAUGAUCCCAGAUUAGUGUAUGAUAAAAAGUUCAGAAAGGGAGUCAACAAGAGUUAUUCAGCUGUCCACAUCCCUCUUGAGAUAUAUGAAGGUUACCCUGAAAUAUUAAAUGGAUUAAAGUGGUCAGCAGCACUAGAUCCUAUUUUUAGGAAGAAUGCAGAAGAAGACAAAAACUUGAUGUGGCAGUACUUUGGUAGUCAAGUUGGUUUUAUGAGAACAUUUCCUGCUAACAAAUGGAAAACAGCAAAUCCAGAGUUGCCAGACCUGUAUGAUGUACGAAGACGGCCCUGGUAUGUCCAUGGCUCAAGCUCGCCGAAAGAUAUGUUGAUUUUACUGGACACGAGCGGUAGUAUGCAUGGUCAGAACAUGGAGAUAAUGAAGAUUGCUGCAAAGUCUUUGCUAAACACUUUGGGGGUUAAUGAUUUUGUCAAUGUUGCAUGGUUUAGUGAGAAGGCUGGUUGGGUGACCUGUUUCAAAACAUUUGUCCAAGCUAAUCGAAGAAACAAGAGGGUGUUUUUCAAUGGUAUUGAUGCACUAAAAGAUGGAGACAUGGCCAGUUUGUCUAUUGGUCUGGAAUUUGCUUUUAAAGAACUAAAGAAGUUUCAGGAAAAGAAGGAAGAUUGGGAAGGAGCAGAGUGUCACCAGGUGAUAAUGGUAUUUACUGAUGGAGGCACAGAGGAGUCUUGGGAUGUCAUUGAAAAAUGGAACAAGAAGAAAAAGAUUCGAAUAUUCCUGUAUGCUGUGGGUCCUCACAUCCUUCCUUAUGCUACGCUAAAGGACAUAGCUUGUGCCAGCAAAGGAUAUUUCACUGCAAUUCCCUCUAUGGGAGCUAUUCGAACAAAAAUUCAGGAGUAUGUGAAAGUCUUGAGUCGACCCAUGGUACUUGAAGGGGAAAAGCUGUUUGAAUGGACAAAUUUUUACAUGGAUGUCAUGAGUGAUAGAAUGUUGACGACUGUUACACUUCCUGUAUAUAACAAUACCUUCAAUGGAAAAAACCAGUCCAUAGUAGGUGUGAUGGGUGUUGAUGUUACUGACCAAGAGUUGAGGAAAAUGGAGCCUAAAGCUCAGUUGGGUCCUGGAGGAUAUUCUUUUUGUACUGACCAUGAUGGCUACAUAGUCUUCCAUCCUGGACUACCAACACAAGUUGAUUAUCUGGAUGAUCCUCCACAUUAUGAUUUAACUGAUGUGGAAAUUAACAAUAAAGAUAUUAUUUAUUAA